AAAGUAAAUAUGCUUUGGGGCCGUCGUGUAUUAGCGGCGUGUACGCCUGAGACGUAAAAUCCGGGCAUGAAAUCUGCUCAAGAAAAUGACAUCUUUGGUUUACCUUUCGCUUUGAGCUAUAUUUUGAAUGUGUAUAGUGACUUUGGUAAUGAUAUUACAAGUAUUUUUUAUGAAAUCAUUAUAAAAGUAUCAAUUGACUAGCAAAGUUAGACCCAUUUUUCUCCUCUCGCGCUCCGCGCUCGCGGCUACCAUAGCAUGGACUGGAUGUUGCUCUUUUUUGUAAAAAAAGGUCUGAAUUUUCGGAAACGUUUAAUUGUAUUUUUGCAAUAAAUACACCCUUUGAUUUCUAAAACAGACAUAGCCAUAAGUAUGUGGUUGACUAGAGUACUAUUGGGCCAUCGCUUUCGGAGUGCAAAGGUUCCUGGUGUGCAAUUUAUAGGCAAACAUCGCCGUUUCAGACCCAUCACCAAAUACAUGAUCAGAAAUCUUGAAGAAAGACUGGCAGUGGAGGAAGAGAAUGCUAAACAUUUAAGUCGACCAUUCCUUACAAAGGAAGAGGAAUACUGUCAUGCUCAGGAAAGACGAGCCAGACUAAAGGAGGAAUUCAAAACAGUCCGACAUUUCAGCAAAGCACCCCCUAACCAAUACAUUGAUGAUCAUUUAGCUCAUCUAAGAGUAUCAAAGAAAUGGGAAUGACCAAAGGAGUCAUAUUAUGAGAACUGCUUGAAAGUAACUCUUGAACUUUGAGACAUGUUUGCUUGAUGCCACUGUAGAACAAUGGAUGUAUGCAAGUUGUCAAGUACACAUUUAAUGAUGUGACAUUAAACUUGAGUUAUCAUCUGUAUACUUCAGCUUCUGCUAUGAGAAUAUACUUGCAGUCAUUUGGGUUACUAAUUAGGACUGACAUUCUUAGGAUUCUUACAUUGUACUUCUAUCUUGUAAGAUACAUGUCAUCUGAGUAAAUCAAUUUUUUUUAAGUAUCCCGCCACAUCCUGUUUGGAGGUGGCCUCUUGUAGUUUUUAUUUUAUUUUAUUUCAUUUUUUUGAGGGGGGGGGGGUAAACACUCUCAAAUGAAAAUUUUCAAGGAAAAAUGAUUUUUAAUAAUUUUAAAAGUUCAACUGGUGUCUUUAAAAAAAAAGGCCUGGUCUACCAUUUUGAGAGAAAAAAGGCCCUUCUCCUUCCCUUCAAAAGCAUGAAGCUCUUAUCAGAAAUCUCUAAACACCCUAUAAAAUGCAGCAUAAUUGAUACAUUGUAGGUGGUGAGGGAUGUGCAUUUGAAGGAAUACAAACUUUUGCAUCAAUACAAAGUAAGAGCCUACCUGUAUAUCACUAUCAUGAGAGGAUUCCAUUUAUUUUUGUCAGAAAAUGAUAUGACAUUUGAAGCAUUUUAAAGAAAUAAAUAUUAUCAAUGGUGUACUAAAAUGACAUAGAGGAAAACACAACAUGUCAGCUAAAUGCAUUAUAUCAACUGGAUGCCUGCAUGAUGACAUAUGUCAGAGGUCACUCAGAGAUAAGGUUUUCACUUCUAUGAGAUCAUGGAAGUAAUUGGAAAUAAAAUGCAUAUGAUGAUGGUGUUUUGUAAUCUAUUACAUGUAGUUUGUUUUACAUUUUUUCAUUCAUCUCUCAAGAUUCAUUGAAAAUAAUUUGCAUAGUUACAGUAUAAUCCACUCCUACAAAAAGUAGAGUCGAACAAAUAGAGAAAAAAAUCGAACAUGUAUAACUUAAGAAAUUGUCAUCAAAAUUUGAUGUGGAAUUAGAAAGGUGUGACAUUUUGCUUUAUUCUCUUAUUAUAUGCACAUCGUGGAAUGUAUGCAAACCAUGGAGUCAAUGAUGUCCACACACCAACCCAUAAACAAGACUUUUGUAGUUCAUGUAUUUUAAUUGAUUUGUAGGCUUUUGUGAUAUAGCUCUUCCUUGAUUCACAAACUGAAUAUUAAUAUUACAUGAGGGAUCAAUCAAGCAAAGUUUUACAUUAUUGGAGAAAAUUGAAAUAUUUGUUAUUUGAGUUAAAAUACAAAAGAUAUAGUAUGUGUGUGACAUCACAUGCAUCCACACUUACAUACUAGUAAUACCAUCAAUAUAUUAAUGUUUUUGGCCAAUAUCCUUACUUUCUUAUUUUUAUGAUUAUUUUACAUCUGAUUUUGAUGAAACUUUCAGUGUUACGAUUUAUUUUGUUUUCUCAAUUUAUUGAACUAAUCUUUUUGUUUGUUGGGGUGGGUUGUCUUGGCAUCUGAUAACUAUAAUAAAUGUAUGACUAUAACAUGAUCAUGGUAGCAUAAACAGGUAAAUCCAACCUAAGUUAAAGGUAUUCAUAAGAUUUCUUCUGAGUAGGGUUUUUUUAUUGCUACCAGUCUCAGCAGACUUCUAAAGGCAAGUGUGUCUCUAUUGGAGCAUAGUGGAUGAUAUAACAAUAAGUACACAUUCAAACAAUUUCUAAAUUUAUUGCAAUGCUACAUUUUAUUAUAUUAUAUACACACAUAAUAUAUCACACAAAUUGAUUAUAACUUGUAUAAAAAAUCUCUAGAACACUUGUUGUAUAUAUUACAUAAACUUGAUAAAAGACAACUCUCUAUUAUAUAUCAUAACAUUUUAUCCCCUUUUGCACAUCCUCUACACAUGUUAGUACCAUAGGCACCUAGUCUAACUAAGUUAAAUGAUUGUAUAAUAUUAUUUACAAUUCAAGUCUUGAUCACACACAAAAUAGUGACUCCCUUUUCUUUAACGACACUUCGGGAAAUGGACCCAUACUCUGGUUUAGUGUGGCCUGAAGAUAUGGCUUCAUUAUGGAGUCGUAUGUGAAGUUAUUGUAGAAGUCUAGAAUAUGAACAAAUUAGGUAUUCGCAAUAAUAAAAUUGGAAAA